AUGCGAACAGCUCUGCCCUCCUCGCUGCGCAGCCGAGUUGGCAUUGGCAUCGGCACUGGCAAGCUCGCUACUAGGACCUGGAUCUCAACGCUCCUCAACACCACCACCCAGCGACGCCGCCGUCCGCUCCACGUCUUUUCAUCUGGUCUUUUGGCUUCGCUGCGCCAGUCACCAGCUGUACUACCUCACAUUCGUCUCGCCAGGGCUUUCACGGCAACGUCCUCCGCUUCGACAUCGACCUCGGACAAGGCACCACAGCCGCUUACCGGCGAGUCUUCAUCAAGCCCUCUCAACAUGAACGGCACAAACACCUCGCCUCGCGCCAAGCGCAAGCCCUCCCCCUUCGACGCACUCGAGACCGGCCGCCCACCUAAACACCAUCGCCACUCCUUGAACGGCAAGCAGUCUGCCGGCGACAACACCCCCGACAUCGAGGCCGCCGACCUCGACAUGCACGACCACGAAUUCAUCGAGGAAGCCGCCCUGCAGACCCUCCCCUCCCUGGGACCCGACACCGCCGAGUGGCAGUUGACCAUUGAGAAUGUCGUCAGAAAUGUCGUUUCCAUCCGCUUCUGCCAGACCUGCUCCUUCGACACCGAUCCAGCCCUGAACUCCGAGGCCACUGGCUUUGUCGUGGACGCCGAGAGGGGCUAUAUCCUGACAAACAGGCACGUCGUUGGCGCGGGGCCGUUCUGGGGAUACUGUAUCUUUGACAACCAUGAGGAGGUGGAUGCCUACCCUGUCUACCGAGACCCGGUCCACGACUUUGGCAUUCUGAAGUUCGACCCCAAGGCCAUCAAGUAUAUGCCGGUAAAAGCACUGCCACUACGGCCCGACCUGGCUAAAGUUGGUAUCGAGAUUCGCGUUGUCGGUAAUGAUGCGGGUGAGAAGCUCAGCAUUCUUUCUGGUGUCAUCAGCCGCUUAGACCGCAACGCCCCAGAAUACGGCGAAGGUUACAGCGAUUUCAACACUUCGUAUUAUCAAGCCAGUGCCGCUGCUAGUGGAGGUUCGUCUGGCAGUCCAGUCGUUAACCUCGAUGGCUCCGCCGUUGCUCUGCAGGCCGGCGGAAGAGCAGACGGCGCGUCCACAGACUACUUCUUGCCUCUGGAUCGACCGUUGAGAGCUCUGAAAUGUCUUCAAGAGGGAAAACCCAUUACGAGAGGCGAUAUCCAGUGCCAAUUUCUCCUGAAGCCCUUCGAUGAGUGCAGGCGGCUGGGCCUCUCUUCCGAAUGGGAGGCACAAAUGAGGAAGCAAUUCCCCAGAGAGACCAACAUGCUGGUUGCUGAGAUCGUCCUUCCCGAGGGUCCAUCCCACGGCAAGGUCGAGGAAGGUGAUGUUCUUGUCAAAGUGAACGACGAGCUGAUAACCUCAUUCGUACGGCUCGAUGACAUUAUGGACUCGAACGUCGGCAGCACCGUGAAACUGCUCCUUCAGAGGGGAGGAGACGACGUCGAGGUGGAGAUCCAGGUCGGUGAUUUGCAUGGCAUCACUCCUGAUCGCUUCGUAUCUGUCGCCGGCGGCAGCUUCCACACGCUGUCCUACCAGCAGGCCAGGCUAUAUGGUGUGGCUGCACGGGGAGUGUAUAUCUGCGAAGCGACGGGCUCCUUCCGCUUUGAUAACAGCGAUAACGGUUGGAUACUCCAGACACUCGAUCACAAGAAAGUACCAGACUUGGAAACUUUCAUCGAGGUUGCCAAAGGCAUACCCGACAAAGCACGGGUUGUCGUGACAUACAAACACCUCCGGGACCUACACACGCUCAACACGACUAUCAUAUACAUCGACAGGCACUGGUCCUCCAAGAUGAAGCUUGCCGUGCGGAACGACGAGAGUGGAGUGUGGGACUUCACUGACCUUGCAGACCCGAUUGCACCAGUGCCCCCGGUACCACGCAAGGCAUCGUUCAUUCAGCUCGAGCAUACCUCUCAUCCAGCCGUGGCCGAGCUCGUGAAGAGCUUUGUGCAUGUCAACUGCACAAUGCCGGUCAAACUGGAUGGCUUUCCGAAGAACCGGAAAUGGGGAAUGGGCUUGGUCGUUGACGCAGACAAGGGGCUGGUAGUAAUCUCUCGGGCUAUUGUGCCCUACGACUUGUGCGACAUUAGCAUCACCAUUGCGGACUCCAUCGUUGUCGAGGGCAAGGUCGUCUUCCUUCACCCCUUGCAAAACUACGCCAUCAUCCAGUAUGACCCCAAGCUGGUUGACGCUCCUGUCCAGAGCGCGAGACUCUCAAGCGAAGAAAUCACGCAAGGCGCGUCAACCUACUUCAUCGGGUACAACAGGAUUGGCCGUGUCGUCCAUGCUGCCACGACUGUCACGGAGAUCUUUGCUGUUGCCAUUCCGGCCAACUCUGGGGCACCCCGGUACAGGGCUGUCAAUGUGGAUGCUAUUACGGUCGAUACAAGCUUGAGCCAGCAAUGCGGCAGCGGCGUCUUGGUCGCGCCGGACGGCACCGUGCAGGCGCUGUGGCUGACGUAUCUCGGAGAGCGCAAUCCCUCGACCCACAGAGAUGAGGAGUAUCAUCUCGGCCUUGCCACGCCAACGCUACUCCCGGUGGUGUCGCAGAUCUCACAAGGUGCUGUGCCUGAUCUCCGAAUGCUCUCGGUUGAGUUCCGGUCCAUCGCAAUGUCGCAAGCACGUCUCAUGGGUGUGUCGGAAGAGUGGAUAGCCCAGGUGUCCCGGGUCAACACGAGCCACCAUCAGUUGUUCAUGGUGACGAAGAGGACAUUUGAGCGCAAGGACAAGGAAGGCGAUGAGGCACUGCUUGAGGGCGAUAUCCUGCUGACACUUAACGGGAAGCUGAUCACGCGCAUCUCGGAGCUGGAUGUGAUGUACUCAAACAACUUCCUGGACGCCGUCAUUGUCCGUGACUGCGAGGAGAUCCAACUCAAGCUGCCCACGGUGGCUGCUGACGACGUCGAGACGGAUCGUGCUGUCUCAUUCUGUGGUGCCGUGCUCCACAGGCCGCACCACGCCGUGCGCCAGCAGAUCAGCAAGCUCUUCAGCGAGGUGUACGUUUCUGCUCGUACACGGGGGUCGCCGGCUUACCAAUACGGACUGGCACCGACAAACUUCAUCACGCACGUGAACAACAAACCCACGCCAAACCUCGAAGCGUUCACUGCGGCUGUAGUAGAUAUUCCAGACAACACCUACUUCCGACUUAGAGCUGUUACCUUCGACAGCGUGCCAUGGGUCAUUACCAUGAAGAAGAACGAGCAUUACUUCCCCACGGUGGAGUGGAUCAAGGACCCCUCAGCUGAGUGCGGCUGGCGCCGGCUCACUUACGAGGCGGGCAAGAAGAUAGAGGGCGAAGGCCAGGAAGGUGUCCCCUCCGUUACUGACGACACGGGCGAGCCUGACGACGCUGUGGCCAUCUGA